AAAUUGAAAAGACAUCAAAGCAGAAAGCCAGACUAAAUGAUUCAAAAAGACAGAAUGUUCAAGAAAUUGAAAAAAGAUCAAAGCAAAAAGCCAGACUAGAUGAUUCAAAAAGACAGAAAGUCCAAGAAAUUGAAAAAAAAUCAAAGCAAAAAGCCAGACUAGAUGUUUCAAAAAGAGAGAAAGUUCAAGAAAUUGAAAAAAGAUCAAAGCACAGAGCCAGGCAAAAUGAUUUGAAAAAACAAAAUGUUAAAAUAAUAGAAAAAAGAUCAAAGCAGAAAGCCAAACAAGAUGAUUGUAAAAGAAAACAUGUUCAAGAACUUGAGAAAAGAUUAAAGCAAAGAGCUAGGCGCGAUGGACCUAAAAGAAUGCAUGUUCAAAACAUUGAGAAAAUAUUGAAGCAAAAGGCACGACUUGAUCAAUCUAAAAAAGUUCAUGAAAAUGAGAGAGAGAUGCUUCGAAAAAAGAGAAAGCGUGGAGAUCCUUCUUACAGAAAAACAGAAAGUUUACAAAAACGGACCAGGUACAUGGAAAAGAAAUGUAAUAAACAAACAGACCAAACCCUACCAACUUGUCCUACAUGCAAUAUAACUGAAUUGAGCAGUGAAAUGUCUUCAUAUCAAAAGAAGAAAUACGGUGUAACAUUAAAAGAAAAUAUUGAUUUAUUUCUUAACUUAACUGCCGAGGGUCCUAUUUAUAUCUGCACCUGCUGUCACCAAACGUGGUUUAGGCAUUCGGUAAAGUCCUCUGAAUCCUGGCCUAAGCUUUUUGACUCUGAUUUUGUUAAAAGUCUUUUGACAGAAAAAACAUCUGUGGAUGGCAAACGAUGGCUUUGUAAUACAUGUGUAGAUUCUUUAAAAUCUGGUAAAGUCCCAAAACUGGCUGUUGCCAAUGGAAUGAAAUUUCCAGCAACACCACCUGAAUUACUUGAUUUAUACCAACUUGAAGAGCGUUUGAUUGCUUUGAGAAUACCAUUUAUGCAAAUACGGCAGUUACCAAGAGGCUCACAAUUAUCUAUGAAAGGAUCUGUAGUCAAUGUACCUACAGAUGUUGAAAAUACAGUCAAUUCACUUCCAAGAACACUUGAUAAAACAUGCACAAUUCCGAUAAAAUUGAAACGAAAGCUAUCCUAUACGCAUGCAGUGAUUACACAGAAUGUACGUCCUGCUGUUAUCAUAAGCGCCCUGUAUUAUUUGAUGAACAAUAGUGAAUUAUAUAAGAAUGCCAAUUUGACAGUGAAUGAUGGGUGGCUUCAAAGUUUCCCUGCUGAACUUGUGGAAGAGGAAACUCCCAUUUGCGAGGCAAAUAUUAAUAAUCCAAACAAUGCGAGUAGUGUUGACACUCUUGUAAAAGAAUUCGAAGAAGCCGAACAAUUUAAUCCUGAUGAUCAUUUUGAAGAAAUUCAGGACGAUACGCCAGGCAAUCUUGAUACUUUACUAGAUGAACCUGAAAUAUCUAACUCUUAUGUAUAUUCAUUUGCACCAGGUGAAAAUCAGAGACCACUUGGCCUGUUCCAAGAUAAAGAUUCUGAAUAUCUCUGCUUUCCAUCUAUAUUUAUUGGCCAGAGACGCCCAGAUAAUGAAGAACGUAGAGUUCCUGUUCAUUAUAGUGACAUAUCACCACCUGAUGAUCGUACUUUUUUAAUCAAGAGUACUGCUGAAUUAGAAAAACUUCCUCCAAAUUCAACUGAUAUCAAAGUCGGUAAUAUAAUAUCAAGAUAUAGUACUCGACCAAAACAGUUGGAAAGUUGGUGUUUAGCAGAUUAUGCUUCAAAACUCAAUAUCACUUAUCCGAAACAAAAUAAUGACCCAUUCAAAGAUAAUUUAGACGAUGUUAAUGAAGACUUUAUUUUAAACCUUGACACUGAAAAUAUGCAAGCUGAUAAUGAUGAAAAUGAAGUAAACUUCACUACAAACAGUGGUGUAGUCUAUAAAUUGAAAAAGAACCCAAAAGUCAUUAGAUAUGUGCGAUACAAUGUAAACACUGAUCCUGAAAACUGUUACCGAGAAAGAAUUCUUCUUUUCUUGCCAUGGAGAAAUGAAACAUCAGAUUUACUUGGUGGCCAUAGUACACAUUAUGCCCAUUAUAAUGCCAAGAAAUCCAUAAUCGAUAUCAAAAGAAAGCAAUAUGAACACAUGGCUGACAUCCUUGAUGAAGCUGCAAAAAGAGCUGAAACUGAAUCACAAUCGUUUGAUGGCAUUGCCCCAGGCAACAUGCACACAGAAGCUGAAGAUGCUGAUCAAACAGUUCAUGAUUGUCCAGAAUUAGCUUUCUUCAAUCCUGCAAACAGUGAGCAAAUAAGAACCUAUGACAUAGGGGUUGACAUUGGACUCCAUCCUCAAAAAGAAUCACACCAUUUUGAUAAACUACCAGGUAGAAUAUCUGACGAAGAAUACCACCAACUGGUGAUGACCCUGAACAUUGUCGUAUUCUACUAA